AUGAUGGCUUCGAGACUUCGUGUCCAAGGAUUUUGCCAACGCAUAUCACCGGCACUAUGUUCACCUGCUGAACCCGGUUACCCGCGAAGUUCUGGUCAUCAGUCUAGGCGUCCAUAUUCGUCAGGUAGAAGGUUUAACAGAAGAAAACGAAAUGUUGUGGAUAUCGCGACUCCAUCCUUGUUUCAAGAGAAAAUGGCUAUGUGGCGGGACCUUAUCAAAUUGGAAAUCAAGGCUGAGACGGACAGUAUAAAACAGUACUUGAGGGAAUAUUCUUGGGACGAUCUCCUGGAGCGGGGUCUCGCUUUGGGUAACUUGACUUUAAUUUCUGAGUCUUAUCAUCCAGUUCUUGGUCAUUUCGCUGAUUUCAAACCAGCCAAGGCUGUUGUAUCUUCCAGGCACUUCAAAACGGGUACUAUCGAGCUGACAAGGUUUCAUAUUUUAUUUAUUUCGCUAGGAGUCCCACUGGUUGUCUGUGUGGAUAGCAGCAUUAAACAUAUUAAUCAAUGCAUAUUUCUUAAUUAUUCUGACAAUGUUAUACGAGUGCUGCUUCCCGAGAAUAAAAGUUUGCCGCAAGACGUGAAGUAUUUCUCUCUAAUUCCUUCAUCAAAUGCAGCAGCUCUUCAGAAGAUUGAGGAUUUUUUGCAUGGAUUUAAUCGCACAAAGCAUCUUCCGGGAUUUGAUCUUUUACGUGUUGCUUAUCGUACGCUUCCUAUCCCCGUAGUAUACAACGAUUUGACUAAUGCACCUUAUCCACUGACAUUCAACGAAUCUCAGAGACGUGCGGUCGAUGCUGCACUGAAUGAUCAGAGGCCAUUUGUUGUAAUUCACGGUCCUCCAGGAACUGGUAAAACUGCUGUUGUUUGUGAGAUAAUUCGCCAAGCCGUACGACAGAAGCAAAAGGUGCUGGUUUGCGCUCCUUCUCAUUUAGCUGUAGAUAAUAUUCUCGACCGAGUCAAAGAUGAAGUGGGCACGUGCCGAAUCGGUUUAAAUUCUCAAGGGUCGCUGGAUGCUUUUGUUGAGGACGAUUCUAAAUAUGAAGAUUUAGUGAAACUGACCGAUGCGAUGAAUGACGCUAGGAAGCAUUUGGGCACAAAAAACCGAUGGCAGUACUACAAGUUUCGGUCGAAGGCAAAGACUUUACGAAGCGACAUUGAGAGAGUAAUUUGUUUGCUUUUUUCUGGUUUUUGUUAUUUACAUGAUUACCUGAAAAUGAACUUUGUACAGGGCGUCUUGGAAGAGAGGGAUGUGAUUUUUUCUACCCUAAUGUGUGGAGCGCUUCGUCGAUUUUGCAAUUAUGGUUAUAGACCUGAUAUCAUGAUCAUCGACGAGGCAGCGCAAGCGUAUGAGUGUGUGGCUUGGCUAGCUAUGAUGUGUGCGAAGCGUUGUGUAUUGGCUGGCGAUCACCAUCAACUUUCUGCGCUGGUUCAUUCACCGGAGUAUGUUUACGUAGUUAUAGCAGAGAAAGGUGGUCUUGGUGUAUCUUUAAUGGAGACAUUGUGUAAGCAGUUUGGACCUUUGGUGAGCCAUUUGUUGACAGUACAAUACAGAAUGAAUGAAAAGAUUAUGGGAUGGUCUUCAAAUGAAUUUUAUGACGGGUUAUUGGAGGCAGACCCAACCGUCGCUCAUUCUACUUUAAGUGAAAUAAGUGAUAUACCACGUUUGAGUAUAAUAAACGAACCCGUUAUCAUGUUUGACACUUACUCUCCAUCAAGAACUUCUCGAGAAGAAUUCUAUAAAAUGUCGUACAGGAACAAAGAUGAGGCGACACUUGUAAGUGACUACGUCAAUCUUCUAACCAAUUCCGGUUUGAAUUUUGACGACAUCGGUAUUAUAACACCAUAUUACGCUCAGGUGUUGUGCCUAAAGGACAAAUUAGGAGCAAAUAUUGCUAAAACAGUUGAUGGGUUCCAAGGGCAGCAGAAGGAAGUAAUAAUUAUGUCACUUGUUCGGGAUAACUAUUCAGGAGACGUCGGGUUUUUGCAAGAUAAACGAAGACUUAACGUGGCGGUUACUCGAGCGAAAAAACAAUUCAUUUUGAUAGGAAAUAGCAGUAUGAUGAAAAGUUCUUAUCAUCUUAAUUCUCUUCUGAACUAUAUUAGAAAAGUCGCAGUAGUUAUUCCCGUGAGAGACCCUCUAUCGGGAGCUUUGCGUAGAAUAAAUAGUGAUUAUCUGAGCAAGUAUCGAGUUGAGAAUGAAUGUAACAAUACUUUGUCUAUGGCUUCUGCUGAUUACACACAGAUUCGCCAACUCAAAAUAAACUGA